AUGUUGACGUACCCUGAAACCGAAGCCUUUGACUAUGGCGCAUUUCUACAACAGAGCCCGGGAGCGGACGACGCCAACCUUCAUCUGGCUUCUCCAGUGCCGCCACAACCACUGGCCACGACACCUCAGCUCAUCCAUCAGACGACAGCACCUAACGUAGGCACUGGGAAGAAUGAAUUCUCCGACUCUUCCCUUGGCAGGACGACACCAUCAAGCUCGGGCAACAGGACUGGCAGCACAGACGCCACUAGGAAGCCGGCAGCUGAGACGCUGAGCCAGAGACAGAGACUCGAGCGCAAGGGGCACACAAAGAGCCGCCGGGGCUGCUUCAACUGCAAGAGGAGAAGGAUCAAGUGCCAGGAAACACACCCGGCCUGUGGUCACUGCGUCAAGACGGGACUCAAGUGCGAGUACCCUGCCGCACCCCAGAUCACACACCAGGACAUGCGCUUAUUCCAGCACUUUCUGACACACUGCUAUCCGCACCACCCUCUGAAACAAGAGUCGGUGUGGACACACGAGGUGCCCUGCAUCGCACACAAUCAUGAGUUUCUAAUGCAUGCCAUCCUGGGGCUUGCGGCAUCGGAGCUCACCCAGACAGACAGCAGCUUCGUCGCAGCGGCGAUGAGCCACCGCGUCAAAGCGAUCAAGUCCAUCAAGAAGCGGCUGGCCGAUGCCUCAAAGGACACCACCUCACCCGAGGAGACGAAUGCGCUACUUGCUACCUGCUACGCGCUCACCUUCCAGUCCGUCAGCGUCGACGAUGGGCUCGUGGAGUACAUGACAUUCAUACGCGGCAUUGUCAUUGUCGGCAUGCAGAUGAUGUUCAGGAAGAUUCAGCCCAUCUUCAGCACCCUAUUUGAGGAAGCCCAGGAUGAGAUUCUUGGGCCGUUGAUGCAGGGCCUGCCGCUCAUCCGCAAGGGCUGGACGGACGCUGCGAUGGAGGCCAUCAGCGCUCUGAGACCGCUCUGCGUCGAGCCCGUCGAGGUAGAGUACCAGGGGAAGCUCCUCGACAUCGCGCAGAAACUAUACACCAGCUCCUGGACGGCAUACAAGGCUCACUCGCAGCAACAUGCUUGGUGGAUGAUGCUUCCGCACAACGUCUUCCAGGAGCUCAUCUCCCCCAAGAACCAGGUCCUGUUGCUUCUGCACACGCACUGGAUCUCGCUCAUUGAGAUAAUGACGCCCAUCACGCAGCAAGAGCGUGAAGUCUGUGAGCGACGACCGCCAGAGAACGACCAGCCAAUCGACCUUGGCUUCGCCCGCUGGCUCAAGUAUAUCAACGCGCGGGUGGACUAUGAGCACCAAAUGUUCAAUCAGUGGCCCAUGUGGAUCGAGGCGCAGCUCGAUAAGGAUAUCACGUUCUUUGGAAAGGUCCGUUGA